GCAGCGGUUCAGGGGGAGUAUAGCAGUAGUUGUGCAGGAACUGGCUCGACAGCGCACAAACCCGCUAACGGUGCAAAUGAAAACGAAAACAACACUUUUUUGUGGAUUAAUUCCGAGGCGAGACGUUCGCUCGAAGCAGGCGCACCUCUAAGCCACUUUGGAUCGACUGACGAGGAUCGGGACGUUCCCUACCGGAGGUUGUUACCGCCGAUCGGUGUCUCCUGCCCCGCCGCUAAGGUCGCAGGCUAAAAGACACGGCCGAUAAUGCGCGGCACCUUCUUCGCGGCCACACCCUCUCCCUGCCUGUAGAGGAAGCGGCUGUGCCAGCAUGUCCUCUCAUCCCCAGUCCGUGCCGCCAGGCAGGAGAGCUGUGGACGCCAGGCACCUGCACAACCCCGCCACGCUCCCCCUGCAGCUGCAGCGGCCACACACGGAAGUGGGACUGGUCGACUACCACUCUCAUCAUGCCAGGGACUACAGCUCUCACCUGGCCCAGCCACAUCGCCGUCGGCCUUCCUUACUUUCAGAGUUCCAGCCUGGGAAUGAAAGAGGACAAGAGCAGCACAUCCGUUACGAGCACAUCUACCUGCCUGAGCACCACAGCCACUCAGAGGUGGAUUAUGCGGAGAUCAAACGUCCUCGUUUAGAGAUGGGAUCAGACUCUAUGAUGAGGCCUAUGUCCCACCGCCAGCCAUUACCUCUCGGAGGGGCUGAGGAUAUGACAAAGGACCGUGGAAGUGCCAUUGGGAAGCUGGAGCCCAUCUCUCCUGUAAGCCCAGUCCACAUGGACACAGACCUGGAUCUGGUUCCAGCUCGAUUCUCCAAGGAGGAGCUGAUUCAGAACAUGGAGCGCGUGGACAGGGAGAUCACCAUGGUGGAGCAGCAGAUCUGCAAGCUUCGCAAAAAGCAGCAACAGCUGGAGGAGGAAGCGGCUAAGCCCCACGAACCCGAGAGGCCCAUCUCGCCGCCACCCAGCGAGGCCAAGCACCGCAGCCUGGUGCAGAUCAUCUACGAUGAGAACCGAAAAAAGGCAGAAGAGGCUCAUCGGGUGCUGGAGGGACUGGGACCCAGAGUGGAACUGCCUCUGUACAACCAGCCUUCUGAUACAAAGCAAUACCAUGAGAACAUCAAGAUAAAUCACGCCAUGAGGAAGAAGCUCAUCUUGUAUUUCAAAAGGAGAAAUCAUGCUCGUAAGCAGUGGGAGCAGAAGUUUUGCCAGCGCUACGACCAGCUAAUGGAGGCCUGGGAGAAGAAAGUGGAGCGCAUCGAAAACAACCCGCGGCGCAGGGCCAAGGAGAGCAAGGUGCGGGAGUACUACGAAAAGCAGUUCCCGGAGAUCCGCAAGCAAAGGGAGAUGCAGGAGCGAAUGCAGAGCCGUGUUGGGCAGCGAGGAGGCGGGCUGACCUCGUCUGCAGCCCGCAGUGAACACGAAGUGUCCGAAAUCAUUGACGGAAUAUCGGAGCAUGAGAACACAGAGAAGCAGAUGCGGCAGCUGGCAGUCAUCCCUCCCAUGCUGUUCGACGCCGAGCAGCAGCGCAUCAAGUUCAUCAACAUGAACGGGCUGAUGGACGACCCCAUGAAGGUUUACAAGGAUCGGCAGGUUAUGAACAUGUGGAGCGAGCAGGAGAGGGACACUUUCCGAGAAAAGUUCAUCCAGCAUCCUAAAAACUUUGGCCUCAUUGCUUCGUUUCUUGAGAGAAAGACGGUGGCGGAGUGCGUGCUCUUUUACUACCUGACCAAAAAGAAUGAAAACUACAAGAACAUAGUGCGAAGGAACCGACGCCGAGGGAGAUCCCUGCACGGCCAGCAGCAGCAACAGCAGCAGCAGGAUGACACUUCUGGAGAAGAUGCAGAGGACAAGGAGCCCACUGUGGCUUUUAAGGGGAGACGCACAGCUAACAGCCAGGGCCGCCGCAAAGGCCGCGACACCCGCUCCAUGAACAGCGAAGGGGAGGAGACCACCACCCCGCCACUCAACAACGAGCUAGCCAAUCUGGAAAUGAAUGAGAGCUCUCGCUGGACCGAAGACGAGAUGGAAACAGCCAAAAGGGGCCUUCUCCAGUAUGGUAGGAAUUGGUCCGCCAUCUCAAAGAUGGUGGGAUCUAAAACCGUGUCGCAGUGCAAAAACUUCUACUUCAAUUACAAGAAGAGGCAGAAACUGGAUGAGAUUCUGCAGCAGCAUAAAAUGAAAUCGGAGAAAGAGCGAAAGGCCCGUCGGAGGGGAAAAGCCUCGCAGAACGAAGAGGCCAGUGCUCCAUAUCCUGCAGAAGAGGAGGAGAAUGAGGGCUCAGGAGCCAGCUGCAACGAAGAGGAAGCUCCUGAAGAUGGAGAAGGUGGAGCAAACAACAGCUCGGACACAGAGAGCCUGCCCUCGCCACACUCCUCUGAGGACAGCAAGGCUAAAGAGGAAGGGACCAGUAGGCCUAAGGGCAGCUCCAACCCGGAGGAGAGGGAGGAGGAUCAGUCAGGCAUGGGCCAGGCAGGGGAUGACAAGCCUCCGGUCAAGGAAGAGGCAGAGUCUACUAUUAAGCAGGAGAUAAAGACUGAAACAGGGGAGUCCAACAAAGAGGAGCCACAACCGGUACCCCCCAGUGAUGCCACGGAUAAAAAACCUCCAAGAGUCGAGAAGGAGGAAGUUAAAACCUCCACCAAGAGCUCCAAGAAGGAGCAUGUGACCAAAGCAGGUCUGCAUGGAGACAGUGACUCUAGUGCCACUUGCAGUGCCGAUGAGGUGGAGGAGACGGAUAACACGGAUAAGAAAAGGAUGACGUCUCCACGGCCCAGCCUGCUGAACUUCUCCCACGACGGGGUCAUAUCUUCUCUGCAGAAGCCCAUGGAUCUGAAACAGCUCAAACAGAGAGCUGCAGCCAUACCGCCCAUCAUGCCAGAGGCCUCUGUGCAGGGCACUCAGCGGAGUGGGAGUGGGAAAGCAGUGCAGCCCCCCCACGCCUUGGAACUGUACCAGGAGCAGAUCAAGAUGGCUCACGGGGAGUCCUCUCAGGAAGUCAAACUGCAGCAGCAGCAGCCUUCUGGCCAGCCAAGCAAACAGCAGCCUUACGCCCCUCAGGCAGAGAGAGAGCGAGAGGGCCUCCUCACCAGCAGCCCCCGAGUUCGCCCACGAAGCCCCUCCGCCAGCGAAAAGGACGAAAAGUCCCGAGCUUUCUCUCCACAUGGCGACGCCAAGAAGCAGGCGCUGGGCCCCGAUGACCUCAGGACCUCCAGCUUGGGUCGGCCAGUUCCCUCGCAGUACCCCAUGCCCCCACGAGACAUGCCCAAGAUAAGUCACGACCAACACCUGCUCCACUUCAACGCGUUCCAACAGGUGGGCCACGCCUCACACGCCGGCCUGCCACAGGAUAGUGUGCGGUUAGCGCCAGUGAGACCCCUCUCGAUGCCCGACCCCCCUCCUCUCAUCUCCUCCAACAAGCCUGGAGGCUCUAUUACGCAGGGAACGCCAGUGCAAUUGCACAGUGCAGCGCACGGGCUGGAGCACGCAAAGAUGCCCUCCGCGCCAAUGGGCUUGUCUUGGAUGGAGAAGAAAGUUGGUACUUUCCCAGUGGUGAAGCAGGAACAGUUGUCUCCCCACAGCUCCUCCCAAGCUGAUGGUUUGUCAAACCCGGGACCAGCUCACGAUGCCUCCUCCUCUGCGCGUGCCGUCCAAGGAGGCAGCAUCACCAAGGGUCUUCCUGGGACUAGAAUCCACCCCGAGUCUGCAGUUUCCUACCGAGGAGGCUCCAUCACACAGGGGACACCCGCAGAUGUGCUGUAUAGAGAAACCAUAACGCGUCUGAUCUCAGAGGACAGCUCCAGCCGGGCUGAGAGGGAGCGGGACGAGACGCCGGCUAAAGGACAGGUUCUCUACGAGGGCGUCAGCGGGCAGAUCGUCACGUACGACCGGCCGCCAUCUCAGACUCCCAAAGAAGACGGCCGAGGUCUGUCUGGAGAAAUUCUAGGUCUGAAGCGCUCCUAUGACGUCAUGGAAGGAGGCAGAGGGCUGUCAAUGAGAGACUCCCUGUCUGCUCCCAAUUGUGAAGGUCUGAUCGGUCGUGCCAUGCCCUAUGACAGAGACAGCCCGCAUCACACACCUUACAAGGAUGCCCAUCAUAUACGAGGCUCCAUCUCGCAAGGGAUACCGCGCCAUCUAGACGCCCAGGAUCCCUACAUGAGGAGGGAGGCGAAGCAGAUAAGGCGAGAGGCGUCCCCGCCCCGUGGCGCCAGCUCUCUUUCUGACCCGAUGAAGGGCAGAGAGGCCAUCGUGCCCACGGUGAAGGAGGCUGGGCGCUCCAUCCACCUCAUUCCAAGAGACGAGCUCAGACAACCUGCCAAGGAGGGCAUCAUAUCACAGGGAACGGCUGUAAAGCAGGAGGCCGCUGGCUCGGGGAAACGCCACGAUGUCCGCUCCAUUAUAUCCAGCUCGCCACGCUCCUAUCACAGUGCCACCUCCCACCUGGAGAUGCGUCCAGACAGAAGUCGAUAUGAGGAGGGGCACAAGGGACGGCCCAGUGCAGUGGUCAGCACAGCCAGUCCCAUACCGCGCUCCUCUCCGCUCACCCUGGCGUCAGAGCAGGGAGGCAAGGCCCAUUAUAGCCCCAUGGCUUAUGAGGAAAAAGGUGUUGUUAGGACCCCUUACCCUGGACCCUCACAUCGUGGAUCGCCACUGCCCAGGGAAGCAAGUCAGAGGCAGCACGAAGGGUCUGGAAAGAAUCCUUCUCAGGAGCGCAAAGCCACGCCGACUCCCAGAGAGAUGAGGGCCACUAAGUCACCUCUGUCUGGCGUAGCAGAUCAGCAGGCCUAUGAGCGGCUCCUCCCCGGCCUGGGAGCUUCAGACAUGUACCGCAUCCCCUUGCACUUUGAUCCUGCAGCGCUGCCUAGGGGGAUCCCUAUUGACCCAGCUUACUACCUGCCUCGCCACCUGGCUCCCAAUCCGGCGUACUCGCAUCCCUACCCCUACUUCAUCCGCGGUUUCCCCGACACGCCGGCCCUGGAGAACCGUCAGACCCUGAUCAACGAUUACAUCACCUCCCAGCAGAUGCACCAGUGGCCCGCCGCCGCCAUGGCUGCACAACGCCUCGCCCCACGAGACGCCGGCCUUUCUCUUUCCUACUCCGCCGCCCCACGUGGGAUCAUCGAGCUUUCUCAGGUGCCACACAUCCUGGUGCCUCCGUCUGCAGGGACAGCCGGCUCCCCAAUGGAUCGCAUUACUUACAUCCCUGGGACAAACGCCGCAUUCCCUAGCAGGCCUUACACCUCCUCCUCACCCAUCUCCCCAGUUGGCUCCUCACACAUAAGCAAAAUGCAGAGCACAUCAUCUUCAGAGCGCGAGCGGGAGAGAGACCGCGAGCGGGACAGGGAUCGAGAGAGAGAGCGAGAGCGUGAAAACCGGGAACGGGAACGAGAGAGGGAUCGGGAGAGGGACCGGGACCGGGAGAGAGAGCGGGACAGAGAGAGGGGGGGAUCUUUGGGAAAUGUGGAGCACGCCCCCAUCUGGCGACCAGGGACAGAACACAGCUUGUCCAGCAGCAGCAGCAGUGGGAGCGGCAGACCGGCGUCCCAACCAUACCAGCACUCCCCGGUGUCUCCUCGUACCCAGGAGAACGUGCAGCAGAGGCCCAGUGUGCUGCACAACACCGGAGGCAAAAGCAUCUCUGUCAGCGAACACUCGUCGGUGUUACGGACCAUGCCCCCAGCGUCAUCCCGCUACUCGGGUUUUCACGGCUCCUUCCAAAAAACAGGCGUGCCCCCUGACGCCUACCCGUCUGCCAUGGAUUUGAAUGUUGCCAAAGAGCAGAACCGCGAUGGAGGCAAGUCCAGGGGAGGUCUACCCAAACACCUGCAGGACCAGCACGGGACCCCCAGUAAAUCUGACCCCAAGCUUUGCAGUCCCAGCCCCGGAGGACUAUACCCCGGUUCCUACCCCCCGGCCUCGGGGCGUCCCCAACAACAUCUGCUGCCUUCCCAGUCAGAGAACCAGUCUGGCCGCGAAGAAAGCGGCCCACCUAGCAGAGAAAAGACUCAAAGCAAAGCGAUGUCCAUUCAGGAACAAGACAUCCGAUCACUCGCGCCACCUCAAGGUCUCUAUCGACCCCCCUCAGAGGAGAGACUCUCUCCAGGCCAACAGCCCCCUUCCCCGUGUGUGAAAGGCAGCCAAAGGGUGGUCACUUUGGCCCAGCACAUCAGCGAGGUGAUCGUUAAAGACUACAGGCAGAGCCAGCAGCAGCAGCAGCAGCAGCAGCAGCAGCAAAGCUACCACGGCUCUCCUGUUCUGGACCUGAGUGCCUCCCAGCCCCCACCCACCUCACAGGAGUCCGCUCAAGUGUCCCGCUACUCGGAGGGUUUCACCGGGGAAUGUAACAGAGACAGAUCUCCCCCUCAGCAAAAGUCUUCACCUGUCAGCGUGUCCAACGACGGCAUCGAACCGGUGUCUCCUCCUGGGGCCAGCUCUGAAGCGGACGCCCAGGGAGGGGCUUCCUACCCCAACGAGCAGGGGGAACAAGGACUGGGCUCUCGCUCUCCUCCAAAUACCUCCCAGGCUCCGGCUUUCUUCAGCAAGCUGACGGAGAACACGUCGGCCAUUGUGAAGUCCAAGAAGCAGGAGAUGAUCAAGAAGAGGACGGGGGAUGGAAACGACCCUGAUUUCAAUGCUGGUCAGCCAGGAACAGAAAUCUUCAACAUGCCAGCAUCUACGACUGCAGGGCCUGUGAGUGUGCGCAGCCACCCAGCUCCAGAAGCAUCUGGCAACUCCAUCGGCCUGGAGGCCAUAAUCAGAAAGGCCUUGAUGGGCAAGUACGAUGAUUCGUCUGAGGAACGCUCCCCGUCCAGCGCUGCCACCCCGACAGGUUCAGCCGUGUCUGCAGACGGACGAGCUGAAGACUCAUUCCCGCAAGGCGGCUCAAAGUCCUCGAAGAGCAGCGGGCGCUCUAACGGACGCAAGGCCAAGUCCCCGGGACCAGGUCUGUCUGGCAGCGAGAGGCCCUCGUCCGUGUCGUCGGUCCACUCAGAGGGCGACUGCAACCGACGGACCCCCCUCACCAACCGGGUCUGGGAGGACCGGCCUCUAUCUGCAGGUUCAACACCAACCCCGUAUCCAUUCAGCCCGCUGAUCAUGCGUUUCCCCAGCGGGGCCGUUUCAGCCCAUUCCCCUUCCUCCGGGCAGCAGGGCGGCCCGGGACCCGGACAAGGUCGCUCCUGGGAGGAAGAGCCCAAGCCUCUGCUGGUUUCUCAGUAUGAAACCCUGUCUGACAGCGAGUGACCAGAGACACGGCGGCGCAUCAGGACCGCACACAGAAACACACUCAGAGGACUGCCGAGGCAUCCCCAGGCCCAGGAACCCCCCCCCCCCCUCCCUUUUUUUUAAUGGAUGAUAUAGAUUGAUAAAAGGGGAACUUUGUGGCUCUGUCUGUUCGCACUUACAUGUUAUGCAUUCACUCCAGGACUACUCUGAAGGACAAAUCACUCGUUUUUUUUUUUUUGUCUGUCUGUUUUUUUUACUACUGUUCCUCACUGGCCUUAUCAAUAGAGACGCAUCAAGCCGUACGUUUUUGGCGUGCACCGCUGUUCUGCGCUCACACCUCCGCAGAGGGGAACGGCCGCUUGGACGACGGCACGUCCGGACCCGGCUUUCUCACCGAGGCCGUCUGCGCUUGCUCACGGUGAACUGCGUGUGCCGGUGGCCUGCUACCACUACAAGAACACAAGCCAGGACACAGGAGGAGAGUCGGCCUCUUCGCUUCUCCUAGCGGUUUUUUUUUUUUUUUUGGUUCUUUUGUUUCUCUGGAACUCUGUCCGUCCAGUCCUGUGUUUUUUUUUGUGAGCUGCGACUUUUAGUACAUUUUUUUUUUUUUUUGUGGUGAACUUUUGCUGGUGUCAUUUGUUUGUCUGUUAUCUGCAAAGACGUAUGAGGGGGGGAAGGGGGGGGGGGGGAUCUUAUCAGAGGUUUACAGGGUAAACUAUCAGUUCGUGGCUGAUGUCGUGUGUUAAAGGAGAAUCUGCGUGGGCCUGGGAGGAUCUGCCAGACGGGUGGCACUGAGGAAGUUGACACUUUCUUGUUGUGUUUUUAUUUUUUAUUUUUUUUUAUAUUAACCAUGUCUGUGUUUGUUGGAACAGUUCUUUGCAUAUAAAGCACUUAGUUGUUGAGCUGAUCACGAUGGCAUUUUUUUGUUUUUUAAAGAGGCAGGUGAGCGGCACAGAAACCCCGCUGUGGAGGCGCCUCGCUGCUUUUUCGUUGACCCCAUUCCACUCGCAGCGACAAUCACGUUGGAGUGGACGAUUAAGCCGCUGCGAUUAGGUUUGCAGACCGACCUUUAAAGCUGCAGAUGUGGAGUUCCCUUGCAUUAAAGAGGUGAUUUAAAAAAAAAAAAAAAAAAAGAAGCCAUCUUUCUCUGACCUCCGCUCUGAUGUAACGGCGGCCGCGGCCGGCCUGCUGGGGUCCCAUCCAGGAGCUUUUACUGCCCCCGUGGAGGUGCUUGGAUUCAUCUCCUCACCCUGGCAGAUUUUUUUGUACAGUUAAGAGAUAUUCUUAGUGUUAAGUGCCAUUUAUUUUACAAAUUAUAGAGCUGAAGUUAAUUAAGUAACGCACAAGUUUUUUUUUUUAAAUUUGUUUUAAUGUUUUUUUUGUUUUUUUUUACUCCCCCGACUGCUUUGCAAGGGUUCAUAUUUUCUACAACAGGGAACACUGAAACAAAGAAUUUAAAACAAACGUCCUGCAAUCCUUUUUUAAUAUACUAGCAUUUUUUUCUCCCCCCCCCUAAUCUGUCACUGCCUUAGCUUUUAACGGUUUUACUCCAUCACCCCGCAUGGACCUCCAUCAGAUGUCCUUUUCACUUUUAAACCUGCAGCAGAAACUACGUUAAGUGUACUUCAUCGCCCCUCCUUUGUCUGGACGGCUCAGAGGAAAGGCGCUCUGCUAUAAAUCGCUCUCAAAUUUUUCCGUGCAGUAUUUCAUCGCGGGAGACAUUUGGGAAGGCUCUCCUGUGCGUUUUUAGCUCGUCCCUUCACAGCGUCGACCCGACUGUUACAGGACUACCUCCUCCCCCCUCUCCCGUCCUCGGCGGCGGAGCGCUCAGCAUGCCUCGCCCCGUCCUCUAAGCCGCGUGUGUGUGUGUGUGUGCGUGUGUGUGUGUGUGUGUGUAGCAUCGUUGCCACCGCUUAAACGUGGGAAUGUGACGCUAAAACAGACGAAGGCAUAUCCAGCUGGUCCCUAAAGCGAUGACUUAACAUGUUGUUUUUAAAAGUACACUGAAAUUACCUUUUUUUUUUUUUUUUUUUUUUUUUUUUAUUCUUGUGGGGUAUUUUCUUUUUCCAUCGCACACCUGUGUUCUCAUAAAACAAGUCAUUGAAACCUAAAAAAAAGGAUAAAUUCGAAUACCGCUGCGUUCCCUGUCCAAUCGCGGGGAGGGGAUAAUUGUCAAAAAGUACAUUGUUCAACCAUUUUGUGCAUUUUUUUUUUUUAUUAUAACCCACUGUAUAAUAUCAAGGAUUGUAUAUACAAUUGAAGAGAUGUAAAUAUUUAUGUGGCUUGCUUCAAGGGUGGUAUUAUGAAAAGAAAUAUUCACAUGGUUAAAUUCUACAUGCCCACCAGCAAGCUUUGUGGAUAGCAGUGUAAAAAUGAAAAACACACACAAAAAAAAAAAAGAGACACUGCCUUAAUGUUUAAAUAAAAAGCUUAUUGCCAUU